AUGCUCGACAUUGGUGCAGACAGCAAUCAUGCAUUCUCGGAUGAGGAAGAUGGGAUGAAUGGUUCUGAGGAUUCGGACCAAUUGAGUCAACGCAAUAAUUCAGAAGAUAGAAACAUCGAUCUGGACGAGCUCGAGGAUGAUGAAGAAUCUAGAUUGAACCAUCUCGCCAAAAUCGUCGAUAACUUGGACUCGUUAACUGCCCAGAAGCGGAAGGAGAAUAGUCUGGAUAACUCAACCGAUCACCCAUCCGAUAUUUGA